UAAUUGGGCAACUUAGAGAGCCCAUUAUCAGUUAACGGGGAGAAUUUUUAACUUAUUUGUGAGUCACCUAUCUGUGACCCAAAUCUUCCGACUUCGAUUCGCAGGACUUUCGCGCUCGAAAAGGACCCUAAUUUCACUCCAAAAAUCCACUCUUCGAUCCAUCAAAAACCUUAAUUACUCAAUUUGAAUACUUUGAAAUCGAAUUUACAGACUGAAAAACCCUAAUUGAGUCCUUCAUGUGUCUGGAAUUCGAAAAGUUAGCGAAUUUCAGAGCUGACAAAGGGAAGAAAUAAAAACCCUAGAAUUUCUUAACGACUAGCAAUGGACGCCAAGGACAUUCUGGGGUUGCCCAAAACUCCAUUGCCAUUAACACAAGAGAAGAAAUCCCAGCCCAAGAAGGACUCCCAGAGAAAGCCCGAUGGCAUUUCCCGCGAGGUCUACGCGCUCACUGGCGGAUUGGCACCUCUUAUGCCGUCCAUUGAUACAAAUCAGUUGAAACGGCGCCCACCAUCGGACGAGAAGAUCACGUGGCAGUGGCUUCCUUUUACAAAUUCUGCUCGUAAAGAUAAUCUUCACCUUUAUCACUGGGUUAGAGUUGUAAAUGGUGUUCCGCCAACUGGUGAUUACUCCUUUGCCAAGUAUAAUAAGUCUGUUGAUGUUGUCAAGUACACGGACGAAGAGUAUGAGAAACAUUUGACUGAUCCUACUUGGACUAAGGAAGAGACUGAUCAGUUGUUUGAUCUGUGUGAAAGAUUUGAUCUUCGCUUCAUUAUUAUAGCUGAUAGGUUCCCAUCAUCUCGGACUGUGGAGGAAUUGAAGGAUCGUUAUUAUAGUGUUUCUCGAGCUAUACUGAUUGCUAGAGCUCCAUCUUCUGGGGAUGUUGCAGGACACCCUCUUGUUAAGGAGCCAUACAAUGUUUCACAAGAGAUAGAUCGGAAGCGUGCUUUGUCCAUGGUCCUUUCGCAGACAAAGCAGCAAGAGCGAAAAGAUGCUGAGGUUCUUGCUGAAGCAAAAAGAAUAACUGAGUCACGCAUGGCUGCAAGGGGCGUUGAAGAGUCUACAUUGCCUGUAACAUUGAAUGCUGGUCCAGAAAUUGCUGAGACAGCCACUAAUAUUGAUGAUACUGUAGCACCUUCGUCCAAUCCUCAGCUUGCUUCUGCAGCAGCUGCACCGUCAACUUCUAUAAUGGCAGAAAAUGCCUCCACUCUAGCUUCUCUUCGCAUGCUACGUGUGUACUUGAGAACAUAUGCACUUGAGCAAAUGGUGCAAGCUGCAAGUUCAUCUGCGGGCCUUCGGACAAUCAAGCGAGUUGAGCAAACGUUACAAGAUCUAGGGGUCUGUUUAUACUCCCUGAACUCUUUAGCAUUCUUUCUUGUUUUAUUAUUUAAGGUGGAUGAAGUUAUGUUUGACGAUUGGACACUGGGACUUUUUUUUUUUGUUUAUUUUUGCUACCAUCUUGUUCUAUUAUUUUUGCUUUUGCAGGUUAAUUUAAAACCAAGGGUGCCAACCAAAGCUGUUUGUGCAGAGCACCUCGAAUUAAGGAAAGAAAUACUGACUCUACUCAAUCUCCAAAAACAGUUGCAAUAUAAGGAAGCAGAAGGUUCAUCUUUUCGUGAUGGUUCAUAUGCUGAAAUGCCAGGCACACCUAAGCGUUCACACCGUGAUCAGGAUCGAACAUUUGUUCCAGACUCAAUGAGUUUUGGUGGGGAAAGGACAGGUCGAAGGGACCAGAAACGCAAGGGACCUGGAAGGUUAUCUGAGGGUCCAUCAUCGCCGGCUCAUAAAAGGCCUAGAAAAUUAAAGGCUGCUGAUCUAUGAUUUUGAAGAUGAGGAAGAAAACCAGCGUUGAUUAAAUGGGUUAUAAUUAUUGAAUCAUUAGUCUCACAAGACUUGAUAUGCAUUAUUUCUUUAAGGUCCACCAAAUUUGUCCGCUCGAUUGUCCAAAUAGCAAGUUUUGGGGGGCAUUAUCCAGAUUAGAAGCCUCUGUUAAGUUGGUGCUUUUACAUCUGAUGAGAUAUAUUGGAGAAGUCUUACCACUAGGAAUGGUGAUAACAGUUUCCAUAAUUAGAAGAUUGUAAAAUCCUUUUAGAGGGCAUAAGGUUCUAGUUUUGUAUAAAUGUGCAGGCUUGGAUAUUUUGUUGAGCUAAAUUUGACAAUUAUUUGUAAUUGCAGCCCAUCUAAGAAUAGAAAUCAAUGCCUUUCCUGAAAAGAAAGGGAAAAGGAAAAUGUAUGCUUCGCUCUAUUCAUAAAGAAUGGUUGGAGACUCUUGUUUAGUGGUUAAGAUUAGGGUUAGGGUUAAGCUUCUGCAGCUGAGAAUUUGUCUUUAUAAUGUUUGCGUGAUGUAUAUAAAGGAACAUGAUCAGACAUUUAUUUAUUUGUUAUAAUAUGAUAGUGAUACAUCCCAAACAUUAUUACAA